AUGCCUACUCUACUCGGAAAGGAGAUUGGGUCUACUGGAUUUGGACUGAUGAGACUAACAUGGAGAAUCACUCCACUACCGCAAGAGCAGGCGUUCGAGGCCAUGAAGACUGCUCUCAAUCAUGGGAUGAAUUUCUGGGUCGGUGGCACCUUCUACGGGAAGCCUGAGUACAACAGCCUUGUGCUGUUGGAGCGUUACUUUGCCAAAUACCCCGAGGAUGCUGACAAGGUUGUAAUCAGCAUCAAGGGUGGCACGAACGAUGUCGGCAAAGAACCCGAUGGCUCACCCGAAGCUACGCGCCGAAGUCUUGAUAAGGCUAUUGCUCAGCUUAAUGGCCGCAAGAAGAUUGACAUUUUCGAAUUUGCCCGCCGCGAUCCAAAUGUGCCCUUGAAGACGACCUUUGAAGUGCUCGAGAAGGAGUAUGUCCAAACCGGAAAGAUUGGCGGUAUCGGCCUCUCAGAAGUGAGGGCCGAGACUAUCCACGAGGCAGUAAAGCUUACCAAGAUCGUCGCGGUCGAGGCCGAGCUCUCUAUAUUUUCUAGAGAAACCCUGGAGCACGGUGUUGCGGAUGCCUGUGCGCAGUACGAUAUCCCACUGGUCGCGUAUUCGCCAAUGGGGCGCGGCUUCCUGUCGGGCAAGUUCAAGACGCCCGAGGACGUGAAGAAGUUCUCGCCAGAGAUAGCGCACUGGCCGUGGUUCGAGCCGGGCAACUGGGAGGCCAACCUGAACCUGGUGCAGCGCAUCGAGCAGAUGGCUCGGGCCAAGGGUGCCACGCCUGCCCAAUUCGCCAUCAGCUGGACUAAGCGCGUGCCGUCCUGGCGCAAGGGCGCCCCCAAGACCAUCAUCCCUAUCCCCGGAUCCACGGGGCCUGCCCGAGUGGCGGAGAAUGCGGUGGAUGUUGAGAUCACCGAUGACGAGAUGAAGCAGCUGGACGAGCUCAUUGCAAAGACCCCCAGAGCUGGGCCUAGGUACCCUGACGAUAUACCUUUUGACACUUAGAUCGAAUAUGGAGAAAGAGGGGGAAAGAGGAAGCUGUGGUUAUGUAUUGUGGUUAUGUAUGGACCUAAGUAUGUUGCGAUUAGGCAAGUGCACCUGACGUACAGUACAUGCCCUACGUGGUAUCUACGAAUCCGGGUAGCAACUGCUUGCAAUUCAUUACCUCCUAUCUUCCAUCCACGUGGUCACGAUUACCUGGUUCGUGCGUCUGCCUACUAUAAUAGUAGAAAUAUAAAAUAAUUUAACGAUUUCUAUAUUAACAAACAGCAUGGAAGGCCGCAUGUGGCCAUGACUUAGUA